CACCUCCCCUCCCCUCCACUCAAAAGCUGCCGUGCCGCACUCUCCCGCCUCCUAUAAACUCUGCUGCUCCUCCUCCGUCUCCCGGACCAAACGCCGCCGCCGCCCCCCUCCUCCUCCUCCUCCUCCCCACCUCCAUGGCGAUGGCGACCUCUCACUUGCCCGACUAAACAAACAAGCAAGCUCACGCAAACACGCACCCAGACCCACUGAGCCCGGACAAAGGGGUCAAGAAGAUAAGGAAGGGGCGUCGAGAGCCAGUCGUCCGGCAUCCCGAGAUCCACCAUGGAGAAGUUCCUGUUCGAAGAGCUGGCCGGUGACGCCGUCCGGGAGCUGCUGCGGGCGGUGCAGGGCACCUUCCUGUGCCGCUCCACCGCCGAGCGCCUGCGCCGGAACGUCGAGCCGCUGCUUCCGCUCGUGCAGCAGAACGGCCGCCACGCGCUCCGGAGCAACACCGAGCUGGGCGAGCUCGCCGUGCAGCUCCGGGAGGCGCUCGACCUCGCGCGCCGCGCCGCCGCCGCCCCGCGCUGGAACGUCUACCGCACCGCGCAGCUGGCCCGCAGGAUGGAGGCGGCCGACAAGGGCAUCGAGCGCUGGCUGGCGCGCCACGCCCCCGCGCACGUGCUCGACGGCGUGCGCCGCCUCCGCGACGAGGCCGAGGCCCGCAUCGGCCGCCUCGAGCGCCGCGUCGAGGAGGUCGCCGCGAUGCAGGCGCCCGCCACGAUCCCGCCCGCCAUGUCCCUCCCCGUCGCACUGCCGCCGCCGCCCUCCAAGGGCAUGGCGAUGGCGGUGGAGGUGGCGCCGCCGACCAAGGGCAUGGGGAUGCCGAUGGAUUUCGAGCUCCCGUGCGAGGAGAAAAACAAGGACGGCAGCUGCUUGGUGGGAAGCGGCGUCAAGGUAGGCAAGGAGAAGGUUAAAGAGAUGGUGAUGAGCAGCGGCGGCGGCUGGGAGGUUGUCAGCAUCUGCGGCAUGGGCGGCAGCGGCAAGACCACGCUCGCCAUGGAGAUCUAUAAGGAUCAGAAGAUCCAAGGCUACUUCAACAACAGGGUCUUCUUUGAGACGGUCUCACAAUCCGCAAAUCUGGAGACCAUCAAGAUGAAGCUGUGGGAGCAGAUCAGCAGCAAUAUUGUGCUUGGUGCAUAUAACCAGAUCCCAGAAUGGCAGCUCAAGUUAGGGCCAAGGGACCGAGGACCAGUCCUUGUUAUACUUGAUGAUGUGUGGUCUCUCUCACAGCUCGAGGAGCUCGUCUUCAAGUUCCCUGGCUGCAAGACUCUUGUCGUAUCAAGGUUGAAGUUCCCCACGUUAGUCUCCCGGACUUACGAAAUGAAAUUACUCGGCGAAGAGGAGGCUUUGUCUGUCUUCUGCAGUGCUGCCUUCGAUCAGGAGUCUGUUCCUCAGACUGCUGACAAGAAACUGGUUAAGCAGGUUGCUGCCGAGUGCAGAGGGCUUCCUCUAGCUCUCAAGGUUAUUGGCGCAUCCUUGCGUGAUCAGCCUCCUAUGAUAUGGUUGAGCGCGAAGAACCGCUUGUCACGAGGAGAGUCUAUAUCGGACUCACAUGAGACCAAACUCCUGGAAAGAAUGGCAGCAAGUGUCGAGUGCUUGUCGGGAAAGGUUAGGGAAUGUUUCCUUGAUCUGGGUUGCUUCCCAGAGGAUAAGAAGAUCCCUCUUGAUGUGUUGAUCAAUAUUUGGAUGGAGAUACAUGAUCUUGAUGAGCCAGAUGCUUUCGCCAUCCUCAUGGAGCUAUCGAACAAGAACCUGCUUACCCUAGUUAAUGAUGCACAGAAUAAAGCUGGAGAUUUAUACAGCAACUAUCAUGACUACUCAGUCACGCAACAUGAUGUGUUGCGUGAUCUGGCACUUCACAUGAGCGGACGUGAUUCUCUGAACAAAAGGAGGCGGUUAGUGAUGCCAAGAAGAGAAGAAUCACUUCCGAGAGAUUGGCAGAGGAAUAAGGACCUUCCCUUUGAAGCUCAGAUUGUUUCUAUUCAUACAGGCGAGAUGAAAGAAUCUGACUGGUUCCAGAUGAGCUUCCCCAAGGCAGAAGUUCUUAUCCUCAACUUCGCCUCAAGCGUAUACUACCUCCCGCCGUUCAUUGCAACAAUGCAGAACCUGAAGGCCCUGGUGCUGAUCAACUAUGGUACUACCAGUGCAGCCCUUGACAAUUUGUCUGCCUUCACCACACUAAGUGACCUAAGGAGUCUUUGGCUGGAAAAGAUUACCCUCCCGCCACUGCCGAAAAGCACAAUCCCACUGAAGAACCUACGCAAGAUCUCCCUCGUCCUUUGUGAGCUGAACAACAGUCUACGAGGAUCAACGAUGGAUCUCUCCAUGACGUUUCCGCGCCUAUCCAACCUCACCAUUGACCAUUGCGUAGAUCUGAAGGAGCUGCCACCUAGUUUAUGUGAAAUCAGCUCUCUGGAAAGCAUCUCCUUGUCAAACUGCCAUGACCUCACAGAGCUGCCAUAUGAGCUGGGCAAGCUGCACUGCCUGAGCAUCCUGCGGGUCUACGCCUGCCCGGCACUGUGGAAGCUUCCACCUUCGGUAUGCAGCCUGAAGAGGUUGAAAUACCUGGACAUAUCGCAGUGCAUUAACCUUACAGACCUUCCGGAAGAGCUUGGUCACUUGACAAACCUAGAGAAGAUCGACAUGCGGGAAUGCUCGCGGUUGAGGAGCCUCCCGAGGUCCUCCUCGUCGUUGAAGUCCCUCGGGCACGUCGUGUGUGAUGAGGAAACGGCGAUGCUGUGGAGGGAAGCCGAGCAGGUCAUCCCGGAUCUUCGUGUGCAGGUAGCAGAGGAGUGUUACAACCUGGACUGGCUUGUAGACUGAUGUUCUGGAUGCUCUGCCUCCAGGCUCACCAUGUACAAAUGAUGUGUAUAUGUUUCCCUGUUUAAAUGCAGGAUGGGUAGUCAAUACACUGUUCAAUUUUGACA